CUGUAACUCAGUCUUUAUUGUUCUCUUGCCCCCCCUCCCCCUUCCCCUCAUUUUGGCCUUCUUCUUCUUUUUCUUUUCUUCCGCAGUACUCUCUUCGUGCUUUGGUAUGCAAGUUCCGCCCUGCCAACGUGCCCAUAACACGGAAGACUCGAACGACACUGCACGGGCAACGACAUCUCUUUCGGUCUCCUUUCUAAUCCCAAGCACUAUAUCCCAUAUAAAUUCAAGCGUUGUAUCUUGAAUCAAGAAGACCUGCGCUUCAACCGCAUUGGCUGGCAUUUUCUCGCCCCACAGUCGCUGCAUUUCGAUCAUAAAACUGCGCCGCAACGGAAAACUAGCAACAUACGAACCCAUACGCCCUCCAAGGGGCAACGGAUAUGGAGCAUCUUCCUACGGAUACCAGGAUUUCUCUUAUCGUUGGAGUCACCUCGGCAUCCAUAGGGCUCAUCGGAAUAUUCAUGGGAGUUAGAGUAUACAUCAGAGGGUAUCUUAUGCGCGCAUGGAAAUUGGACGAUACAAUGUUCAUUUGCUCGGCUUUUCUUGCUGUUGCUCAGAUUGCCUUGAUCAAGUGCGGCGCGAUAUACGGUGCACUCGGCCGACACAUAUGGACUGUAACGCCAUCAAUGAUCAAGAAAGAUGCCCCUUUUCUCGUCGCAGCGUCCUUAAUGUACCAAGUUGCAUUCCCCUUCGUCAAAGCAACAUAUCUCGCGCAACAUCGCCGAGCAUUUGCUCUCCCAAACAUAAAGCUGCUAUGCGAUGUGUUUCUGGGAGUAUUGUUCCUUAUUUCAACCUCGUUGCUCAUUCUUGGUGGGGUUGCUACGAGGGGGUUUACCGACCCUGAUCCGAACAAGCUCCCAAAUGUCAAGUCGACAGGAUUCAUCGUUUUCAACUACUUAUCCGGUGCCUCAAACCUUGUUACGGGUAUCAUAGUUUUCAUGCUCCCUAUCAUUCUUGUAGGACGAAUGCGCCUCGCAGCAUUGCAGAAAGCCGGGCUCAUUGCCAGCUUCGGAGUUGGUAUCUUUACGUGCGCCCUGUCAGUCAUGAGAAUAAUUAGCAUGCAAUUGGGUUUAGGCAGUAGUGACGAAUAUUACGAGAUCGUUCCGCUCACGCUCUUGGGCGUCGCCGAAUUGACCAGCGCCAUCGUCUGCGCGUGUCUUCCGCUCAUGCGUCCACUGUUGGCAUGUGCCGGCACAACAGGAUAUAGAGGAAAGGGCUCACGGGAGCCCUUAUCUUCGGAAUUUGGGGAGUCCGCCAACCGAAUGCGUCAGAGGCAUGACGUGCUGCCAAUACACUCGCCUGCAACCCCGACAUUUUCUGCAACUCUUUAGGUGGCUAUAGUAAUUGGUGACGGAGAUAGCAUCAACGGGGACAUCGAAGGUUAUCAUGAGAGCGACAAGCCAGGAAGAGCACCGGCAGCAUAGGCCCGUUGGUUACGGAUAUAUCUAUAUCACAAAGACAUGAACUGACCACGAAAUUUAUGAUUAAUAAUUAAUAUCAUGAUUCAGAGUACAUAUAUCUCUAUCACCUUUCUCUUAUGAAAUCCAUC